GCAAUUGUAAGCUGCCGCUGCCUUGGCCGUCCUACACAGGCUUGUCCUCCUAGCCGUGUAGUUUCCUGACCACCAAGUCUGAAGCACACACACAUUCUCCUCGAGUUGUGCUUGCUCGAACGAGAGUAGCUUGCUCAGUUUGCCUUCGUCCCUGCAUUCGCUCCUCGUUCUCCGCUCUUGGCUAGCAGACGCCAUGGCUUCCACUACUCUCUCUGCCAAGGUUGCCUCCUCCGCGCUGCUCGGCUCGUCCGCGCAGCUCUCCAGCAAUGCGACCCUCGCGGGCGCGCGGCUCGCCGGAGCCCCCCCCGCGGGGCGCGCGCGCGUGCAGUGCAUGGCGCAGGACCGGUGGGCGGGGCUGGGGCGCGACAUCUCGGACGACCAGCAGGACAUCACGCGCGGCAAGGGCAUGGUGGACAGCGCGUUCCAGGGCGGCUGGGGGCAGGGCACGCACGCCGCCGUGCUCAGCUCGUACGACUACAUGAGCCAGGGCCAGCGCAAUCUGAGCAACGUCACCGCUGAAGGCCUCUACAUCGCCCCUGCCUUCAUGGACAAGAUGGUGGUGCACAUCUGCAAAAAUUUCAUGGCGCUUCCUAACAUCCGCGUGCCGCUCAUCCUCGGCAUCUGGGGCGGCAAGGGCCAGGGCAAGUCCUUCCAGUGCGAGCUGGUGUUCGCUAAGAUGGGCAUCAACCCCAUCAUGAUCUCCGCGGGAGAGCUCGAGAGCGGCAACGCCGGCGAGCCCGCCAAGCUCAUUCGCCAGCGUUACCGCGAGGCGGCGGACCUCAUUAAGAAGGGCAAGAUGUGCGCGCUCUUCAUCAACGACCUGGACGCCGGUGCGGGCCGGCUGGGCGGCACGACGCAGUACACCGUGAACAACCAGAUGGUGAACGCGACCCUCAUGAACAUCGCAGAUAACCCCACGAAUGUCCAGAUGCCGGGCAUCUACAACAAGGAGGAGAUCAACCGUGUGCCCAUCAUCGUCACGGGCAACGACUUUUCCACGCUCUACGCCCCCCUCAUCCGUGACGGGCGCAUGGACAAGUUCUACUGGGCGCCCACGCGCGACGACCGCAUCGGCGUCUGCAUGGGAAUCUUCCGGGAAGACAACGUCUCGGAGGGCGAUGUCGUCCAGCUCGUGGACACCUUCCCCGGGCAGUCGAUCGACUUUUUCGGGGCGCUGCGCGCGAGAGUGUACGACGACCUCGUCCGCAACUGGGUGGGGUCGAUCGGCAUCGAGAACAUGGGCAAGAAGCUGGUCAACUCCCGCUCUGGCCCGCCGGAAUUCGAGAAGCCGAGCAUGCCCCUGGCUACCCUCCUGGAGUACGGGCAUCUGCUGGUGUCGGAGCAGGAGAACGUGAAGCGCGUCCAGCUGGCUGACACCUAUCUCAACGAGGCUGCACUCGGAAACGCCAACGCUGAUGCCAUUUCACGCGGCACCUUUGACGGAGGCAGGACCCCCCCGCCUGCUGCUCCCCCUGCUCCUGCUGCUCCCCCUGCUCGUGCCGCUGCGCCUGCCCCUGCUGCACCAGCAGCGGGAGGUGCCUCUGGGCUGGAGAGCAAGUCUCUUGGGGAGUUGCGGGCGUUGGCCAGGCAGAGGGGCGUGCGGGGCGACACCAGGGCUGAGCUCAUCAAGGCCCUGGGCGCUGCGCCUGCUGCUGCUGCCGCUGCUCCUGCUGCGGCUGCUGCUCCUGCUGCGGCUGCUGCUCCUGCUGGCAACGGUGCUGCCAAGGUGGCACCCCUUCCUAAAGCCUCGCUGGUCAACAAGUCGCUGGGCGAGCUGAGAGCGCUGGCCCGCCAGAGGGGAGUGAGGGGCGACACCAAGGCUGAGCUCAUCACCCUGCUCUCGCAAUAGGAACAUUGUGGAUUUUUAUUCAAUAAGUCGUCACCUUUUAGCCGUUUGGACUUCGCUUCUGGUUGCCUGUCAUGUCAUACACCAUUGCUAGUGUGGAUGCCUCAAUUUUGGAUUUUUUAGAAGUUUGAGACUGGCUCAGUGGGUUGUCUAUACCAAGCAUCAACCAGUACAGAAUAGUGUUAGAAUACGAUAAUGAUGACUAUGAAGUGCAACCUA